AUGAAGUACCUCAGCACAAGAGGUGGCUCUGAACGCCUCACAUUCGAGCAGUCCGUGCUCACCGGUCUCGCCCCCAACGGCGGUCUCUUUAUCCCAGCACAGGUGCCUCAGCUCCCCGCCAACUGGCAGACAGAGUGGGCCAACCUCUCCUUCCCCGAACUCUCGCACCGUGUGCUUUCCCUCUACAUCCCCGAGGACCCGGAACAGGGAGGCAUCCCAUCCGCGGACCUGCAGCGCGUCAUCAACAAGUCCUACGCCACCUUCCGACACAACGACACCACUCCGCUCGUCCGUCUCGACGACAAGGACUGGUGCCUCGAGCUCUGGCACGGUCCCACUUUUGCAUUCAAGGAUGUUGCGCUCCAGCUGCUCGGCAACCUCUUCGAGUACUUCCUUCAGCGCAGGAACGAGGGCAAGCCCGACGACCAGCGCGAGAAGCUCACCAUCGUUGGCGCCACCAGCGGUGACACGGGCAGUGCUGCCAUCCAGGGUGUCAGGUCCAAGGAGGACAUCUCCAUCUUCAUCCUCUUCCCCCACGGUCGCGUCAGCCCCAUCCAGGAGGCGCAGAUGACGACCGUGCUCGACGACAACGUGCACAACGUCUCGGUCGAGGGCACCUUUGACGACUGCCAGGACGUCGUCAAGGCGCUCUUCUCCGACGCCGAAUUCAACGCCAAGCACCGUCUCGGCGCCGUCAACUCGAUCAACUGGGCGCGCAUCCUCGCACAGAUCGUCUACUACUUCUCCGCCUACUUCAGCUUCCGCAAGCAGCUCGGACUCAAGGACUCCGAGCCCACCCCCGCCGACCUCGAGUUCGUCGUCCCCACCGGCAACUUCGGCGACAUCCUCGCAGGCUACUAUGCCAAGCGCAUGGGUCUUCCCGUCUCGCGACUCGUCGUGGCUACCAACGAGAACGAUAUCCUUCAGCGAUUCUGGGCCACCGGCCGCUACGAGAAGUCGAGCGCUCCCGCCUCGACUUCUGCCGCCUCGUCCGCACAGACCGAGCCCGCACAAGGCUCGUCGGACGGUGCGCAGCAGGGCGGUGUCCGUGCCACCCUGUCGCCGGCCAUGGACAUUCUCGUCUCGUCCAACUUUGAGCGUCUGCUGUGGUACAUCGCAUACGAGUCGCAGGCCGACGCCAACGCCAGCGCGUCGCAGCUCGAAAAGGAGGAGGCGGCGGGUCAGCAGCUCGCGUCGUGGAUGCAGUCGUUGAAGACCGAGGGCAGGCUCGUGGUCGACGACAAGCAGCUCAGCAUCGCCCGCCGCGACUUUGCCGCCGAGCGCGUCUCGGAUGGCGAGAUCCGCGACACGGUGCUCGAGUACUUUACCCGAAAGCCCACGGCCGCCUACCCAUCCGGCUCGUACCUUGUCGACCCGCAUACCGCCGUCGGUUUCAAGGCAGCUGCCAACGUUGUCGGCAAGGACGGCAGCAAGCCUCACCAGAUCGUGCUGUCCACUGCGCAUCCCGCCAAGUUCGCCGAGGCCGUUACGUCGAGUUUGGAGUCCGCGGGCGCCGAGUUCGACUUUGAACGCGACGUCCUCCCCAAGGAGAUGGUCGGCCUGCUCGAGAAGCAGAGGAGGGUCAUCGACGUCAAGCCAGAGGGCAAGCCGGGCGUCGACGGCCUCAUCACCGCCGUCAAGCGCGUCGUCGAGGCAGAGGCCGAUGUGGUCAAGGCCCGCACACACGCGCCCAACACCGCCAGCGUAUAG